AUGCGUUGGCUUACGUGGCUAUUGGCUCCGCUGCUGCGAGUCAUCCACGCCCAAGUUACAAAUGUGACACCCCCGAUACCGAAGCCGGCCGACUUCUGCAAGUUUCCGUACAACCAGACGCACGUCAUGUGCCAAAACCCGCUCAGCAAAUGCGUCACCUUCUUCACCAACGCGUCGUUCAUGAACGAGAGCAUCUUGUGGGUGCACAACCACUACCGGAGCCACCUGGCGCUGGGCCGGCUGUCCGACUUCCCAUCGGCCAGAAACAUGCUCAUGAUGCGCUGGGACGAAGAGCUGGCCCGAGUGGCCGAGGCCAUCGGAAGGCUCUGCGUGGGUAGCUCGGGCAACGUGCGACCGACGGGCCAAUUUCAGUACUCCACGGCCGACUUCCCAGUCGUGGGUUUCAACAUUCACGCCCAGUGGACCAACCAGAUCACGAUGCCCAUCAUCUGGCGCUUCGUGGUGCGCGACUGGUUCGAUGAGAACCUCUUAUUCCCGAAGGAAAACAUUCGCGUCUUCAACGAGGUGCCCAACAUCUACGAAUUCAGCCAGCUCGUGGCGGCCAACGCCUACGCCGUCGGCUGCAGUUACACGCGCAACAACGUACCGGACAUAGCGAGGGCGACCAAGAACGUAUUCAUCUACGUCUGCCUCUACGGACCCAAGGGCUACGAAAAGGGUAAGCCGCUGUACCUGCCCGGUCCGACCUGCUCGCAUUGUCCGGACGACACGGUGUGCAACGCUUCCCUCGGGCUCUGCGUGCUCAAGAAUAAAAAGCCCGGAGCCACCAAGCCGCCGCCCCUCGAGGAGGCGCCGCGCCCCGGAGGUCCGGACUCCGACGGCCACGAAGAACCCGUCGAGGACUCGGCCCCGGAAGCAUUCGCCAUCGCCGUCGCGCCCCCGCUGGCAGCGGCCGCGUUGGCCAUCUACCUGUGGCGCCAAGGUGUGGCCUGA